UUUCCCAUAAGAUUCUCCAUUUAUAAUUUAGAAAAUCUUAUUAAACAUUUUCCCUUCAAAAUUUCCGAUAUCCAAAGAAAAAGCUAAAAAUAUUUUAUUUUUAAUUAAUCCAAUUUAAUUCUCAACGAAUUAGUUUGAAUUAACUCAUAAUCAAAAGAAAAAAAUGACAGCAAGAACAAGCACAUAUGAUCCUGCCCAUGUGUGGAGUGAAGGAACAUGGAAUGGCACAAAUAUGUUAUGCCAAGAACGUCCUUUCUUUUUAGGGUCACAAAACGUGUGGUCUGACCCUUUUUAUCCUCAUAGCUCCGAAUCUUCGACAUGUUUUCUUCUUAUUUGUUUAGUCGUUAUUGUUGUUACUGUUACUUCCGUCUUCCUUAGGCCUCUCGGCUUGCCUACCAUGUCCAAGAUGUUUGGAGGUUUCUUCGUAAUAGGAAUGUUAUUUUCAAAGAGCGAAAGGAUAAGCUCAUUACUCCACCCAACAGUUUACUACAUAUUUAAAACGUUCUCAAUGUUGGGGUUUGUAUUUUAUACAUUCAUAUUUGGUGUAGAAACCAACAUGGGAGCAUUAAGAAAAAUAGGGAAGAAGGCAGUGACAAUAAGUGUUGUAGGUUUUAUAUCUUCUUUAGCUUUAGGUUACUUAUCAUAUAACAUGCUAGGUCUUCAAGAUCCAUCUGGUGGACUGCCAAGGUAUAUUAUAGCUAAUGCUCUAACCUACUUCAUGGUUACAUGUAGUCAUGUUAAUGAGCUUGGUAUAAGUAAUUCUGAUAUUGCUCGUUUGGCUGGUGCAAUUUCUUUGGUCGUCGAUAUCUUUGGAAUGUUCGCCACAAUCCUCAUCUUCAAUGUUUUCCUACCCGUACGUCAGGGUGAUUAUAUGUAUCCAUUUUGGAUUCUUGGGGUGUAUUUUAUCAUGUUCUUUAUUUGCAGGCCGCUAAUCAUAUUAAUCGUUAGUUACACACCUGAAGGAAAACGUAUGAAAGAUACGCAUUUCUUAGCAAUCAUCUUAAUUAUUCUUUUACUAGGAUUGAUUACUAUUCAAGCAGAUCAACAUCUAGCGGUCUUAUUGAUGUCAUUGUUUCUACCUGAAGAGCCACUUACGACGAUAUUGGGUGAGCGAUUGGAUGUCCUGAAUAAUACCCUGUUCUUGCCUAUCUUUUGUGCUAUGCAUGGAUUUCAAACUGAUUUUAAUGCAUUGAAUAAAAGAUCUAUUUUAGUAGAAUUACACGUCUUUUUCGGUGCCUUGGGCAAGUUCUUGGGAACGUUUCUAUCUUCAUUUCUUUUCGGGGUACCAAUAUGGAGCGCUAUUACACUUGGUAUUCUUAUGUCUUCUAAGGGUUUCCUCGAUAUAGUUUUGAUCGGCACAUUCAUAGAUAUGGAAGUCAUGACACCAGAAGAUUACACCAUAAUCGGAGUUCAUAUUCUCUUCUAUACCGGAUUACUCUUACCUCUUGUAAGAUUCAUGUACGUGCCAUCAAGAGAAUACUCCACAAUCCUAAGACAAGGUGUCCUUGCAUCAGCAGACACGGGUACAUUACAAGCAUUAAUAUGCAUCCAUAGAGAAGAGAACAUACCCGGAUUUCUCCGCCUGUUGGAGGCCUUUAACCCGACCUAUCAAAAGCCCAUACCUGUUGUUGCACUCCAGCUCAAUCAACUCACGGGUCGUGUUUCCCUUCCAAUUCUCGCCCCAUUUCAUGAAGUUCAAUCCUCAGCUGCAUUCCGUUCUAACCUUGGUCGUUGCAACCGUAUCAUAAGUUCAUUACUAAGCAUCGAACGUAGGACAAAUGGUGCAGCUCGUUUACAGCAUUACAUCUCUAUUUCACCAUACACGACAAUGCAUAAUGACAUAAAUAGUCUUGCUCAUGAAAGAAAUGUAAACCUUUUGAUUUUACCAUUUCACACUCAAUGGAAUGCAGAAGGAGAAGUUGAACAUACUUCACAAUCCAUUCGGGAUGUAAACAAGAUGGUUCUAGAGAAAGCCCCGUGUUCUGCUGGAUUACUGAUAGACAAAGGAGACAAGGAUGUAACUAUGUUCGGAAACAUGAAGUACCGUGUUGGAGUGUUCUUUAUAGGAGGGGUUGAUGAUCAUGAAGCUCUCGCAUAUGCUACUUUAUUUGCGACACAUCCUAGGAUUCAAAUCACGGUUAUUUGGUUGAAAUCAAGGAUGACUGAGAGUAAUACUCAUAGGUUUGAUGAUUAUGCUGUGAUUCAAGAAUUUUAUAACAGGUUGCAGGCCAAUGAAAGGAUAUUCUUACAGGAAGUGUUGGUUAGUGAUGGAGCUGAGACAACUAAUGCCAUAAUGCAAGUGAAAAAAGAUUUUGAUUUAGCUGUUGUAGGUAGGUAUCAUGAGCCUGGAUGUACUCCAUUGUUCGGACUUUCAAACCGGUGGUGCGAGUACCCUGAGUUGGGCAUUUUGGGUGAUAUGAUUGUUACUCCUGAAUUUGAAUUCUCUGUUUUAGUUGUGCAAGAGGAGCCUCAUCAGGCAACUGGGUUCGAUGAAUUAAUUGACGAUUUUAUUAUGUGA